GAGAACCCUCUUCCAACAUUCUCACGAAAUCUUCCAUAGCAUCUCUUUGAACUUUCGCAACUGUCAACAAUUCAUCCACAACCUCAAAUCACUACUAUCAACAUGGACGUCGCUCACCUAGCCGCCAUCCCGAAUACUCGUGGCCUCCUCCUAAAAGGCCACCGGCGCCGCUUCCUCCGCGACAAUAUCAUGGGUAUCACCAAACCCGCUAUCCGCCGUCUCGCCCGUCGUGGAGGCGUAGUCCGGAUAAAAACGGACAUAUACGCCGAGAUACGCUCCGUCAUAAGAGGACGGCUGCGCGAGAUUCUGUUUCAAGUUGUGCAAGUCCUAGAGUCCUCGAAGACUCAUCGGCACGAUAGGAAGGUUGUCACAACACGAGAUGUCGUUUACGCCUUGCAAAGAAUGGGUCAAACCAUGUAUGGUUUCUAGGUCGUUGGGGUGACUGUUUGGAACUGGAACGGAGUUGAUUGAGAAUCCAACCUUGGGACAUAGUGACUAUCAACAAGAAUGGAUGGCAGAAAGAAAGUUCUAAGACAAAUAUUGAAAGAAAGCUGCGUAGUCAAGUCUAUCAACACAACACAACAAAACAAUGAGGAAAAGAAAUCCGCCAGCGGGACUAUAAUAAGUACAGAAAAUUCUUGGUCUAAGU